CAUGGCGUCCCUAGCAAUAGAAAUGGCUGGAUAAUCAACUUUGUUUAUGUUUCAAAACCUUUUUUUAUAAUUCUGCCAUUAUUCGUUGUGUCACCUUGAUGUCCUACUCUCACUAUGGAUGCUAAACACCAGCAGCUUAUCACACACUGUGCCAGGCUUUUAGACCUCUAUGAUGCUGAAACUACAGGGGUAGAUGAGCAUGUGGAUGGGUAUCUCUCUGAGAACAGGAUACUGGAUGAUGAUGAUGUGAUUUUUAUCAAAGAAGUUUUUACUGGGUGCGUAAGACACAAGGCUGUCAUGAAUGUUGUUGUUGAUGGGUUCUACUCUCAAGAUGGACGGAAUAUACUGAGAUCAACGCAGAAUAUGUUUAUUGUGAUAGCAUAUCUAGCCUUGUUUCGUCUGGAUGAACUGGGGGUGUCUCACUUCAGAAAGUUUAUUAGUGCGCUGGAUAUAAAUACUGCCUUUAAGUUCUUGAACUUCAUGUUUGACGAGAAAAGUCUGGCAACAUGGAUGAAAGACAGCUGGAAUUUGAUUUAUGAGUCAGCCUAUGUUCAAACAAACAUACUGUCCCCAUUACAGAGAUGGAUUCCAGAACUGAAAGAUCUGUUGAAGUUGAUGAAAAAUAAAAUUGAUAAUAAACUCAAACCCAAAAAACCACCAGUCCAGGUGACAGAAGUCAAACCCUUCAACCUAACAAAGCCGAGACCAAGAUCUAUUCCGAUUCCAAACAAAAUUCCCAAGUUAAUGAAAUCCAAGCCGCCUCCCCCCUCUUUGUACAAGCCUCCACUACUGCAGGAAAUGUUGGCCAAACAGCGGGAGGAAAACAGGAGACAGGCAGAGGAUCUACUGAUGGACUCCUCCAAGAUCCAGUUUGCCUGCGCCAACAAUGAAAAGACAGAAAAAACCAAGCAGAUACUGGAGGACAUUGUUGCCAAUGAGAAUGCUAAAGUUGACCCCAACAGGAUCAAAGCCAGACCCCUCCCAGACUUUAAAAGUAAUGUGGCCCCUGUGAAAAUGACAGCUGCAGCCAUUAUGAGGGAAGCUCUUCUGUACCAAAAACAAGAAAAUGAAGUCAUGGAAAAGCUGAGGAAGCUGGAGGCUGGUUCCUAUGACGACACUUUCUUCAACAAGUGGCAGACAGAGAUGAAGCAGAAGGACACAGAGUGGCAGCUGAUGGCGGUAGAGGAGCGGCGGCUCAUGGGAAAGCUGAGCCACGAGGAGGCCAUCCUGGCUCGAGCCAAUGUCAUGGCUGAGAACCAAGCCCGCGUUCAGACCAUUAAGAAGGAGUCUGCGGAAAUCAUGAGGGAAUACCUGGAUAAAAAGUUUAAAGAGGAACAGGAAAUGAGAACGCUGGUUGAGAAUACAAUGGCAGGGCACAAAAAUGCAAAAGAAGCCAAAAAGAAAUUAAAAGAGUACAAAAGACAGAUAGUGCAAGAAGUGACAGAAGAGAGCAGAGAAUUAAUGAGGCAAGCCCUAGAGGAGGCCGAGGCUGAAAUGAGGUGUAAGAUGGAGCUGAUCCAGCAGAUCAGAGUGAUGGAGUCUACACCAGUUAAUCGGGUCAAGAUGGUGGACUUGGCUGCUACCUCAGGGAUGGGCCUGCUCAAUGAGAUGAGUAUCCUAGAGUUGAGGGAGAGACUGGCAUUGUUGAAGGCACAGAAUAAAGAAGACGAGGAAAUUAAAAGAGACAUUAUACUCAACGCUAAGCAGGCCAAGGCUGAGUACCUGUCUGACACACUGGACAUGAUAGCCAAACACAGAUCAGAACAGACCAGAGCUGCUGCACUCAAACUUGAAGAAAGCCGGAGGACGAAGCCCCCUGCAGGACCCCAGUUCAAAAGUUCCGCAGUACUGGAACUGGAGAAAAAACUGGAGGUCAAGAGAAUGGAACGGCUGGCGGAGCAGCAGAAAAACCAGCGACCCCUGUCACAGACACCCAGCCGUAAGAUGGCCAAUCUCAUCCCUCAAAAGAAAGCCAUCGAGGCUAGAAGAUGGCAGGAGUUGGAGCAGGCCCAAGAGAGAGCAGCCAAACUUUCCUCCCAGAGUCAGCUGAUAAGGGCUGCAACUCUCAGACUAGCUGCAGCAAGCUGAACCAACCUAUUGUUUUCUGGUCUAUUGUAACUGUGAUACCAAGGUGUUGAUUUUAUAUUUUUUGUAAGGUUUUUGUGAGAUUAAAAUGAAGUUGAAGUCGUUGUGAACAAUCCUGAAUAAAAACAAGAUAUCAGAAUUUCAUCAGUAUUUAUAGUUCUAGUACUAAUGAAAUCGAAAAAAAAAUGUUUUGAAAAAUGUUUUGAACAUAUUUUAUCAAUACUAUCUUUCACAGGCACUUGUU